GAGGGACAGUGAAGAGGGACCUCACAAAAGAUCUGGUUAGAGGUGUUCUCAUGUCAGUCCGACUGAGAGACCUGAAAAGAAGAACAGAAGAAACAUUUUUCUUUAGCCAUGAUGGGUUACGACAAGCUGUGCCUGUUACUGCUGCUGAGCACAUACACGUUGGCUCAGGAAGGCAAUGACAGUAAUGAACUAACCUCAACGUGUCUGUUGGCCUCCGGAUUUAAAACUUAUAAGAAAUAUGUGUACCACUACACUACAGAGAGUAGAAACGGUGUGAUAGGCAACCUAAAGAAUGGCCCGCAAGUCUACUGUCAGGUUGAGAUUGAAGUCCCCCAGACAUGUAGUUUCGUCAUGCACACCAGAGACUGUGCUCUAAGAGAAGUCUCAAAAAUGGAUCAUCAGGGCCUGCCGGUCUACAAGCACAGUCAUGGCUCCGAGGCCUUCCAGGCCGCCAUGGAAAGGAACUCUCUGAAGUUUACCGUGGAGGGAGUGACCCGUGUCUACCUUUACCCCGAGACGGACGAGCCUGAUCCCAUCCUCAACAUUAAAAGAGGAAUCCUUUCAGCUCUCAUCGUGCCUGUCAUGGGAGAUGAAGAGAACAGCUCUAUGAGCACAGUGCACGGACAGUGUUUAACAAACUACCUGGUGCAUGACAGAAAGGACUCAGCCACACAUGUAAAACUUUCCAGAGAUCUGUCCCAAUGUGACCAGUUCUACAGCAAGGAACUUGUCAACAGUCCCCUUGCCUUGCUGCAAAGAAUGCAUCGCCCAUUGUCUAAACUGAUGACAAGCACUCAAGACUGCAACUAUCAGUUUGAUAACAAGGGAAAGCACAUCAUGGUAGCCAUGUGCACUGAAAAACACUUCUAUCUGCCAUCUUACACUGACGGAAUUUCAUCUAAGGUGACCCAGAAUCUCAGCUUUCAAAGCUCCAAAAGGAUAAUCAACAAAAUAUUUGACAUAAAUCCAAGCCACAGCAAGCCACUUUACUUUCAAGACACUGACGAUAAAGCUCCAGCUCAGACGAAAGACACUGCCCUGGGCACUCUAAAUGACCUGAUGGCUUUGGCAGGCACCAACCAGGGUCAGAGGAGGACCAGCCUUUUUCAUAAGCUGGUGUCCAGUCUGCGCGUCCUGAGAAACGAGACCCUGAGCCAGACAGUCCCGGAGAUGUUGGAUGUGUCAGACUUGCUCACCUGGCAGGCCCUGUUCCAGUGUGGAACCAUAGAGUGCACCAGCGCCAUUAUCCAGGCUCUCAGGACAAUUGAUGGACUGUCACCAGAGGCGGAUGCUUUAAUCUAUGGUCUAAGUCUACAGGCUAAUCCUGAUGCCACACUUGUAAGAGAUAUGCUCAGCAUGGCUCAGUAUAAACAAAGCAGGGCAAUCAUGUAUGCACUAGCAAACACGGUCAAAAAGUUCCAUAAAGCAAAGGUUACUCAAGUGGUCACUGAUGUGUCAAAGUUCAUGGAAACACUUCUAAAUGACUGCCUGGAAGAAACUUUUAAUGAAGAUUCGGAUAUUCCUUCUGGCCCCAAAGAGAAUACCUUCCUUGUCCUGAGGGUUGUUGGUGUCAUGGGUAAAGCCAUGCAAGCUGUGAGCCCCAGUCUGAUAUCUUCCAUUUUGCGGUGUGCUAAGAAAACUGACAUACCAUUGUCAAACCAAAAGGCAGCUGUACAAGCCUUUCGGUUGAUGGAUAUUAAUGAUGAGGUCAAAAACAGCUUCAUGGAGGUGUUCAAGGAUGCACAGAGCCCUGUUGAAAAACGUGUAGCAGCCUACUUGAUUUUGAUGAAGAAUCCAGACCAAGCCCUGGUUAGAGACAUUCUGAACAACAUGGAAAAUGUGGUUGACGAGCAGCUUAAGAGCUUUGUGGUCUCCCACCUGAAAAACAUCCGCAACUCUGACGAGCCUCAAAUGUAUCAACUUAAGGAAUACAUUGAAUCGGCCUUGAGAGACCAGCUAUUGCCUAAGGUAUUUAAUGGCAUGUCAAUCAACUGCAAAAUGGACUCCCCUUUGGGCUCAGUGCAGAGUAACAUCAUCUUCGAUGGCACCGAUACUCUGCCUAAGGAGAUGAUGCUUGAGACAACUCUAAAUGUUUUUAACUACAACUAUGACAUUUUUGAGGUCUUCGUUGAGGGAACAGGAUUUGAACCAACAAUUGAUGCUCUUUUCGGAGAACAAGGUUUCUUCCCUGACACCAUCUCCAAAGUCAUGUACUGGGCAGGUGACAAAGCCAAGAUGCUCAAGGGGGUCUUGGAUAGAAUUGCUCCAGAAAGAUACAGAAUGAAGAGACAGGUCUCACACAAUCUCCUGAAAGAUAUCUCUAAAGGUGUCAAAAAGCUCUUGGAUGACGUGCAUCUCCCUCCAGCCCCUGAAGCAAUUGGCUAUCUUCGGCUUCUGGGUGCUGAAAUAGGAUACAUGAAGACCAGUGACAUGACAAAGAUGGCUGAAACUCUGUUCAUGUACUACAAUGUUUUCUUUAAGGUGCAACCUGCCAAGGCCAUUUUUGCAUUGAUGUCUAGCAGUGAAAAUGAAGUAUUUGCGCAUUACAUCUUCAUGGAGACUGCUUUCUCUUUACCUACUGCUGCUGGCUUUCCUCUGAAGUUCUCUUUGGCUGGUGUGUUUGCACCUGGGGCCAAAGGAGGCCUGAGUCACUCACCUGCUAACAUCAUGAGUGACUUCUCCUUUAUGCCUUCAGUUGGACUAGAAUUCAUCACCCAAAUGUGGGUGCACAUUUCAGACUAUGUGGAGGCUGGGCUUGAGAUGCACACUAAUAUGUACCAUGAGAGUUCACUUAAUGCUAAGGUCACCAUGAGCAGAAACCAGAUGAAACUGUCGAUACCUGCACCCAUUGCAAACACUCAGUUGUUCAGCAUUAGUAACAAGUUGCUGUCAGUAUCCUCCAGUCAAACAUCAAUAGUGCCACCCUUGUCUGAGGAGAGAACUGACUCAAUUAACUGCCAGCCCCUUUUCCGAGGUCUGAGAAUUUGCUCAAUUGUGAGUUUCUCCAAUGCUACUUCAAUAGAUGAGGCCCCAUUUUACCUCCUGACCGGUGACAAAAAAUUUGCAUUAGAAAUCCAGCCAACAGGGGAUGUUUCAGAGUAUACUGCCACUCUCAGUCAUGGAGUGCUCAGAGAGGGUAAAAAAAGUCGGCAUAAAGUGGAGUCACUGAAGCUAACCAUGAGGGCAGAAGGGUAUGGUUUAUCAGAAGUCACUGCAUCUCUGAACUACAACCGCAACAAGAACACUCUCACUACUGAGGUUAGCAUUCCUGACUAUGAUGUGGAAGCAGGCGUCAAGCUGACUGUAACUGGCAGUAAUGCAGAGGGGCAGAGAAUGAGAGGGAUCACGGUGGAUGUUACAAGCAAGAACAUCCCUCAGCUGACUCUUGUUGGACACACAAGGCUUGACAUGAUGAAGGACGCCAUGCUGCAACUCAAGUUGCUAAUACCUUUUUUGAAAACCGAAGCCUCUGUCACUGCAAUCCUGAGAAGGGAUGAGGAUAUAGUCGUGGACUUAGAGGCGGUCAUGAAUCUUCCUGAGACAUCCUAUCAACAGAAAGCUUCUUUCAAAUAUGAUGUUGACAAGUUUGAAGUGGAACUGAAAUCAAAUCUGGAUUCAGAGAUUGAGAAACUGAUCCUAAAUAUCAACGAUUAUCACAACAGGCUGCAACAGAUCAUUGAUCAUAUCCUUGAGAAGAAAGUGGCAAAGACUGAUAUGAAACUGCGUCAUAUAGUCAUGAAAGGAAUUGAGGCAGGUGAUAUAUGGCUAGAUAAAUUGACAGCACGCAUCCCCUAUCUUGCGAACCGGAAACAUAGGAAGAGGAUCUAUGAUAUCACCCUGGCAGCCAUGCCUGAGAAGCUUUUUCUGCAGUCAAACAGCUUGUUCAGAUACCAGUUCAACACGGAUAGGAUGGUUAUCUCACUUCCACUUCCACAUGGAGGGACGAAGUCACAGGAUCUGAACAUCCCAACAACGCUGUCUAUUCCUCCUAUAUAUUUACCAGUUAUAGGCCUUUAUAUCCCUGCCAAAAAGUAUUCACUACCGGCAUUCACCAUACCACCUUCUCUCGAUUUUACUGUUCCCUUUCUCGGGCUUGCUGAAGCAUCCACCAAGAUCAAUAGCAAUGUCUACAACUGGGAAGGCUCCAUCUCUGGGGGAAACAACACUGUUAAUGUCCCGAGUUACAUUGCACAAUACAAGGCUAUGGCCAAAUCACCGUUCAACCUACUGGCAUACAAGUUUGAAGGAACCGGUAUGAUAUCAGUAAGUGCUGAUGGUAAUAUCAAGUAUCUUUUAAAUAGUUUCUUCAACCAUGGACUGAUUGAUGCUAACUUCAGUGUAAUAGAAACAAUAGGAGUAACCAACGAAUUUAAUGCAAAAGCAAACUAUCAUAUAAAAGCCUCUAGUCCAUUGGGCCUGCAAGCCUCCCUCUACUACUUUGCUCAGUCAACUUCAACUCUAGAUUUAGAUGAAGUCUCCGGAGAUAGCACUAUGGAUGGAUCACUUAAAAUAGGUUCAUUCUAUACUGAUACCAGCUACGCUCAAAGCUACAACCUGUUUCCAAUAGUUGGAAAAGGAAGAGGAGAGUCAACCCUGUAUUUAAACUCAACAUUCUUUGAUGUUCACAACAUCAUCAUUGGAGUUUACGCAAACUCUGAGUUGAAUAUGCUUUCCAAAAUAAUUUCCCAGGAGGAUUCUUUCAAGCAUGUGGCAGAUCUCAAGUAUAAAAAUGCUCAACUGACCAUGAAAUGCAACACCAUUGCCACCAGCCUGGGUCAGUCACUCAAUAACAAAAUUGAGCUGGAUAUGUCCAGCCAUAAGGUCAGCCUCAAAAUUGAGUCACAGGCAAAUGAUGACACAAAUGGGGCCUACUCACUUAUAGAAGGAUCCUUGGAUUCAAAUGGGCUUGAGGCAAACUCUGAAGGUUCCAUCACCUUUCAGUCAGUUCGUGGAUUGCACAAAGCUUCUGUUAUGGUUGGAAUGCACAGUUUGACCGUAAGUGGAACUAAUAUCAUUCAGUGCAGUCCUGUCAUGGUCGAGAAUAUGUUCAGUGGUGCCAUAGACAACAAUAGAGCAUCCUUAUACUCAAAGACAAAACUGAUAGCAGAGGAAAGCAAAGGAGAGCUGAACAUUGACGGUCAAAUCACAGCUACAGAAGCCACUUUGAGUGGUGUUCUCAAAGGCCAUGUAUACGAUGCAACCACAAGAAACAACAUGGAUAUUGUACUCAACCGUAGAGCCCUGACCGUUGCUAUCAAUAACAUGGGAAAAUGGAAGCAGAUUAAUACAGAAAAUAGCCAUGCACUGACCCUCACUCUAUGGACGCUAGCCCUUCACUCCAAGACAAACAACUUCAUCUGUGAAGAUAUUUACUACAAACAAGACAGCAAGGUUCAUAUGAAGGCAUUUCUUACAUCACUGGAUAUGACAAAUUACCUCAAGUUUCAUGAUUUUAAUUGGAACAACGAAGGCCACAUGCAGCUUGAGCCAAUUACGGUUGAUCUGAGUGGAAGUACAAAGGUAGCCUAUGGAGAACACCACAACAUUAAACAUACCUAUGAACUCAAUUAUGACAAUAUGGCUGGUUCAAUGAAAUACUGCGUGACUGGGAAUGUAAUUGACGCUCAGCUCAGUCACAACUGUGAACUUGAGUUUGCUGGACUAUCCUCUAAGUCAAAGUGUGUGGCACUAAUAAAUUCUGAGCCCUUCCGUUUUGAAAGCACUAUUUGCACCAUGGCACUGCCUUUCAGUCUCACUAUUGAUUCUCUUGUCAACAGUGAUGGACAAAUUAAUCUAUAUGGGAAGCACACCGGACAGCUGUAUAGUAAGCUGUUAGUUAAGACAGAAGCCCUAACUCUUGCAUACUCCCAUGACAGCCAGGUAUCAACCACGCAUAUCUAUCCGAGUGGGAAGUCUUCCAGUAAUUUAGAAAACAAAAUUGAUGGCCUCCUAACACCAAGGGACCAAUCUCUCAUCUGGAAAAUAAAAUCUAAGCUGAACAACCAUGCUUAUAACCAGGAUGUUAGUGCUUUCCAUAAUCCUUUGAAGGUUGGAUUUGAGUUUUCAGGAGUAAUAUUAACAGACAGUUUUGGAAAUUUAAGCAGCAACAUGAGAUCAGAAGUACAAGAAUUUAGUAUAGCUGGUUUCCUCAAGUAUGACAAGAACAGUGACUGUCAUAUCAUUGAGUUCCCAUUCAUUGGGCGUUUCCCUGUAGCUUUUGAACAGCUCAAGAACACACUUGCAAAUGCACUGAUAUUGAUUCAACAGUUCAUCAAAAAUGUAAAUAUCAAUCAGCUAAUUAUUGACUUUAGAGCCAAGUUAGAUCAUAUACCUCUGCAAGUGAGCAACUUUAUGCUCAAAAUGGACUUGGAGAACAAAGUGAAUCAAGUAAACGCAAAACUUGAUUAUUUAAUCAAUGACUUUGCUGUAACAAUGGAUGACUUUGAAUUUGUGAUAAAACACUUAAGAGAGAGCAUGGAGAAUAUAGUAAUGGACAUUGUCUCCACAAUGAGUGACAUCAUCCUCACAAUCAAAGACUAUGUCAAGGACAGCCACUUUGCCGAAAAGAUAACAAAUGUCCUUUUACAAAUUGAAAAUCAGCUUUUGGCCUUUGAUGAGAAGUAUGAAAUUAAGCGGUCACUCAUUAAAGCGCUAGAUACCAUCAAGGACAUCAUCAGACAGAUUGAUUUGCAGAAGCUCACAGACAGCAGCACAGCAUGGCUACGUGAUCUUGAUUUGAAAUUUGAAAUUUUGGAGAAAUUCAAAAACAAACUGUCCGAAAUGAAAAUGGCUAUUCAAAACUUUGACAUCAGUGCGUUUUUCCAAGAGAUAAAGGAUCAACUUCUCUCAAUUGAUUUAUCUUUUUAUGUGGAGCAGAUAUCAUAUACAAUUCCUUCUGCAGAGAUAGCAAACGUGAUGGAAUCUAUAAAUGAUGUUAUUGUUAACUGGAUUGACGAAUAUGAAAUCCCUAACAAAAUCAAUACGGUAUAUUCUUACACUAUGGAUACACUUUUAAAAUACAAUCUUAAUGGUAUGGUUAAAGAAUUGAUGGAUCAGGUAUUGCUUCUCAUCAAAGAAUUCAAAAUCGAAGAGACAGUCCAGGCAAUGGUCGAUGGUCUGAAAUCUAUCAACUUUGAAUUAGUUGAUAAUACAAUUAUGCAGCUUCUGCACUUAGAUUUAAUAAGCCAGUUCGGAACAAUUGAGGUUAGGAAAAUCCUUAAUGACCUUAAUGAAAACAUUUCUUCAAUAGUUGACUCAAUGAAGAAAUUUGACUACAGCACAUUUGUUCAUGAGACCAACAAGAAAAUUUCUGAAUCAACAAAUUAUAUCAACGAGCAGAUUAAACUAUAUGGGAUUGCACAGAAAAUUGAGGCAGUAAGGGAAUUUCUCAGAGGGAUCCAAAAUUCCAUCUUCGCAUAUUUGAAUGAACUCAAAAACUCAAAGGUUGCUGACACUCUAAAGAAAUUGAAAAAUGUGAUUGACGUUACGUUUUACAAUGACAUCAAAUUCAAGGUGCAGGAUAUCUUUGAGGACAUUGAACAACGGAUCAUUGACAUGGAUAUAAGAAAGGAAAUGAAUAUUUACUUUCAAAGAGCAAGAGAAUCCCACAGCAAUGUGGUUAACUAUGUUUCUGCACAGUUUAACCAACUGAUAGAGAGGAUUAUAGAAGUGACCAAUGACAAUGACACCAUUACACAGAUAAAGCAAACUGUGGAUAUAAUUCUGGGUGCACUAAAGAAAGCUGAGAUUGUAGUCCCAACUUUCACUGUACCUCUCACUGACCUUAUCAUUUCAUCAUUUACAGUAAACCUGAACAAAAUGCAGGAGAUUAGCAUCCCAGCUCGUAUUUUUGUCCCUGAGUUCACCAUCCUUAACUCCUACAAAAUUCCUGCCUUUAUCAUAGACUUUGAGGAGAUCAAAGCACAUAUAAUUACACUAAUAGAUAGCAUCAGAAAAUAUGAGAUUCAAAUGCCUGACCCUGAAGAAAUUUUUGGGGACCUAAAAGUGCUUUAUCUUCCUGAACUACAGGAUCUCACCGUCCCAGAAAUAACCCUUUCAGAAAUACUUUUCCCUGUCAUCAAAAUCCCCAAAUUAAAUCUUAAGGACUUUGAAAUUACAAUGCUUCCAAUUCCAGAGAACAAAUUACCUGAGAUUCCGAGCGACCUUUGUAUGCCAUUUUUUGGCAAACUCCAGGGUAAAUUUCGAUUGCACUCCCCACAGUACACAAUGGAAACUAUAGGGAAGAUUGAGAACUCCACAUCCACAGCAAAAAAAACUCAGUUUACAGUUUCAAUUACUUCCCAUUGCAAAUCACCCAUUGAACCCUUUGAAUACACCUUUGAAGCCAAUGCUAGGUUGGAAGCUCCACGAAUGAACAAGUUUCUUUUAACUGAAAUUCUGAAAGUUACACACGUGGCCUUCUCAAUUGAUCAUGGGGGAUCCUUAACACUCACUGGUUCUUCUGCUGAGGCUUCUGCUAAAACCAUAAGCAAGGCCACAACUCAAAUGUACACGUCAGAUUUGGUCAACAAUAUAGCACUUACAUUGAAGAAAAGAAUCUCUGCAACCAUGGACACAAACUAUAACCACAACUUGGACGUCCCAUCAAUUGAAACUUUCAGUGAGGCAUCAAUGAAACAGAAAAUAGCAGCCACCAUGGAAUCAGGCAAAGUCGUUUUGACCAGUGAAACUACUGGUAAUGGAAAGUGGUCCUUUCAAGACUACUCUGACAAAGGUACACACACCAGCAAUUUAGAAUACAGCAUACAGUUUGGCACUGCCAAAUUAACUAUGGUAGGAGAAACAACCUGUAAGGCCAUGAAAUCAAAGCAAACACUGACUGCUGAAUCUGUGAUUUUAAGCCAUAUUAUUGUUGAAGCUAGAUGUGAAAAUGAAUUUCCAUCUGUCAAGAAGAUUGUUAUGGUUUUAAAUGGAGAGAUUGAUAUUGGGCAAUUAAACAUUGAGGUGACAGCUUUUCAUGAUUCCGAAUUAGCUGGAAGUUUGACUGGAUUCAUGACCAACUCGCUAGAAUUUAUUGCUCAUCCAUUUGAAAUUGUGCUUGAUGUUAAGAAUAGAGUAAACUCAAACAUGUUGUUCCCAUUUAAACUUACUGGUAAAGUUGAUCUGCAGCAUGAUUAUGGUGUCAUAAUAAACCCUGAGAAGCAGCGUGCUUGCUCGUUUACUUUGGCCAGAUUCAACCAGUACAAGUACAGUCAGAACUUCACAGCAGAAAACAAUGACAUAAGCAUCUCCUUUCAAUCAUCUGCAAAUGGAGAGGCAAAGCUGGAUUUUUUGGCUGUUCCUUUAACUAUCCCAGCAAUAGUUGUACCUUAUUUUGAGAUUAAAACCCCUGGGGUCAGAGACGUGUCACUGUGGGAAAAUGCUGGAUUUGAAACUUUGCUAACGGAUCCUCAACAGUCAUUCGAUUUCAAUCUGAAGCUUCAUUACUUCAAGAACCUUGAUAGCCAUAGUUUUGAAGUACACCUUGAACCAAUUUAUAAUACGUUUAAUAAUAAUGUCUACAUCCUCCAGGCUCAAUUUGAGAAACAUAGAGACAAAGUAGUUACAUUUCUAAAAGAUUCUUAUAACCAAGCAAGGGUCCAUUAUACAAAACAAACUAGGGACACAUCUGGACUGCCUCCUAGAUUCUUCACUUUCCCUGGAUACAAAAUACCAUUAUUGAAUAUUGAGGUUUCUGCCAUCAGGGCUGAAAUGCCAGCCUUUAGCUACUUUGUUCCAAAGGAAGUCAGCACACCGAGCUUCAAACUUCCAGCACUGGGUUUCUCCGUGCCAUCCUAUGCGGUUGUGCUACCAUCUAUGGAAUUACCUGUAGUCCAUAUUCCAGAAACAUUAAAUGAAAUAAAGCUGCCCACUUUCACACUACCAACUAUUCAGAACAAGGUGUUGAUCCCAGCCCUGGGUAACAUAACUUGUGACUUCUACUUCAAGUCUACUGUUAUCACCUUAAGUGCUAAUACUGGCCUUUAUAAUGAGUCCAACAUUGUUUCUCGGUAUGGCACAUUUUUAACAUCUGUGUUUAAAAUUCUAAAUGGAAAGAUGCAGGGCACCAUCAGUCUGUAGAGAGAGAGAGAGGACGAUAACUGGCUCCCUAGAGUAUAAAACGUGGAAGCGAAUCAUGAGUGUGCAUGGAAGCAUCUCUAACCAACACUGCAAAAAUGAAUCUCCCCUUCCUCAAUGUGAAAUUGAAUCAAUAACUCACAGGAAAUACCAUUACCAAGCCAAAUGUUGUUUCCAAGAAGAAAACUGAAAUACAUAUGUAACAUACCUCUGAUUGAGAUUGUAGGCAAAUUAAACCUUCAUAUGAACUUAUUACGUGUCACUAGAGACAUCUACCUGGGAAAAGUCAAACAUAGAAAUAGACAGUCGGAACCUUAAUUGAAAUCUUGGAAUGGAAGCCAAACAUAGAAAUAGACAGUCGGAACCUUAAUUGAAAAGUCAAACAUAGAAAUAGACAGUCGGAACCUUAAUUGAAAUCUUGGAAUGGAAGCCAGUUCUUACCUUGAUUCCAGUAUCCUGCAUUCAACUUUCAGGAUUCUGAUCCAAACACGGACCUACAGGAACCACUUAAACAAAGCUUAAACAACAAAUGGAAAGUGCAGUGUCAAAAAGGAACUUUAGUCAAAUUUAGAAAAGAAAAGUUCCUUUAACAAACUUCAAGGCUACACUGAACAUAGAGGCAAGUUAUCCAAAUAGUUUGAGUCAUGCUGGACUUAAUCCGUAUUAACCUCCCCAUCAGCUCAGAGAAUCAGUUUAUCACUUGGAGUGGGAAGGAACACCAGGCAUCUCUCAUCCUUACGUGAUUUUCUUGCGUCUAAUGAUGAAUCUAGUAUGCAUGGACCUGACAGGAUCUAUGGAAGGCCAUCUGGGUUUCUUGAAUGCAGUUAGCAUUCCUGUACAUUAGAAGACCUUCUGGGAAUUCUCAAGUACAAUCCGGUCAUACUAAACAUGGAAGUUACAAUUCCUCACCAUCUAUUCCAGUAUUGUGUAGACACAUGCGUGGCAAGGAGUUUACAGUACCAUUUAACCAAUGAAAAUGAAAACUACUUCAAACAUCCCUAACAUUAGCUUUGAAGUAUCAUAGAUAAAAGAAAAUCCAUCGUUCAUAAAAUGAGUCCUAGUGGUAAGAAUUAUGGUAUGUUGAUGUUAUGUAUACAAUUGGAUCAUUUACAUAAAAUGGAUUAAGCAUAUUGCAUAUGUUGUUGCGUCAUCCAAUUCUGUACACAUUCUGUCUGUAACUAUUGAUGUUUUUUUGGAAGUUUUUCUGUGUCAUGUGAAAGCUUCGGUUCAGCGGUUGCCGCAUGUGUAAAGAUUGCAGGGUCUGUGGUCAGUUUUGUUAUACUGGGCUAUAUAAAAUGAGUUGAAUAUCAUGUUCAUGAAGAGAGAAUUAGUAUAUUGGAAAUAUCAAGUAUGAUGCUAUGUUGGGGAUAUUAGUAAUAUGAUGGUGAUGAUGAUGUUAUGCCAUAUUAUGAUAGGUAUGUGCUUGGUUUUAGAUGAUAAAUGUGACAUAUUAAAUCCAAUAUUAUGUAUAAUGUAUAAUCUUUGAAUGUGUUGUUGUGAAUGAAGUUGAAGAUUAGUUAGGUCAAUGAGGGCUUCCAGAUUCAAACUCAUGAUGGUGAUAGAGAGGUAACAAACAGGCUGGGUGUGGCCAUCGUUUGGAAUGGAGAAUGGUCAAGGGGAUGGCCAAGCUGAGCGGAGCUGCUGUUGACAUCACAGCCAGCCAAUUACUGAGGGAAGAAGCUCCGCACCUCCAGACACAAGUUGACUGGUCUAUAAAUAGCGUCAUUCAUUUUGUAAUGUAAUUUAACCUGCUAAUUAUUAAAUGCUUCUUGAUUUUAA